AUGAAGCUAACAUCAAAAUCUCUAUUACUAACUUUCCGAGAGUUUCUAAUAGUUUGGCUUAAUCAAAUAUUAUAUUAUAAUGACAUAUACGAUAGGCAAAUUUAUGAUAAAUUCAAAUCCUUUAAUUUGAUAGUGUAUAAGAAUAGACAUCCUAAACUAGACGAUUACAUUAUCUCCCUAUUCAACAACUUCAUAAGAAACGUGUUCUUGCAUAGGACUUCAAGAAGUCUGGAAUCGAAGAGUGCAACAAUCUCUGGGGCUAGUCAAAUUGUUUGCGUUAUUUACAAUACUAAGACUAGUAAAGUCCUCCGCAAGUACGUGAUCAACUUUAAUGAGUUGAUUAUCAAUUUGGGAGAUACCGUUGGUAUUGAUGAUUUCCUAGAUGAUGAUAUAAAUCAAGAUGAAAAUGACAAAUCUGCUUAUAUCAAUCUUGAUGGAAUAGACUGGAAAGAAAUAUAUACCCAGUUUAAUACGUUAUUGUUUCAUCACAUUCAAGAAUUGAAUAAAUUAGAAGCUACCAGGUAUAUUCCUCUGGAAGAUAAUGAGACAUUUUUCAAGAUCAUCGUGGAUUUAGAGGAGUCAAUUAAUAUAGUGAAUGCAAGCUGGGUAAGAAUAAGAGCUUCAAUUUUGAGUCAAAAAUCAACUUCGACUAUCAAUAAAUUCGUUCCUGUUGGAGACGUUAAUUUGCAGUUGAUCAAUUUCGACGUUCACAAUGAGUACUACACCCGUUAA